CCGGCCCGGAAGACCAUUCAGAGCUGCUGUGAGUCUCAUCCUGAGAAGGUUGCCCGAGCAACGGUGCCGCUUUUGGGCUCCUUUGUGUCACGAGGCUCGGGCGAGCGUCACGUGGAAGCCCAUUUCCCCGACGAGCACGGCAUGGUCUGGGCCACGUGAGUCCGCACGCCGCCGGGACGGCAGGGAGAGGGGGUCCGGAGAGCUCGGUCCCCUCCGCGCGGGCCCGCCGCCGGGAGCGGUGCGGCUUCGGGACGAGUCAGCCGGCUUCUGCAGGGAACCCUGGAGGCCGUCGGUCAGAUUCAGGCCUUUGAGAAGACCAGAGUCUUCCAGGAUGGACUUCCCCAGCUCCCUCCGCCCCACGUUGUUUAUGACCGGCCCCCUUGGUCUGAGCGAUGUCCCUGAUACGUCCUUCAUGUGCAGCUGGAGAGAUGCCCUGACCCUGCCCGAGUCCGUGCCCCAGAGCUCCAAGAGUGGAGCACCACACUUGGCCAAGGGCCUGCUCUGGGAGCCGGACACCCCUGGGCCCCUUCCCUUGCUGCCUCCUGGUCCAGAUCCCUGGGACCCUGGCCUGACUGCCCAGGACCUGCUUUUCCGGGGAGCUCCCAAGUUCCGGAGACAGCCCCAGGCUGUGCUGGACGUUACUGAACAGGUGAGUGGCCCCACAGUGGACAGUGCUGUGUGGCUGGAGCUGUGCUUAAUGACCUGGUGUCCUCUCCUCCCUCAGUUCAGCCGGUUCCUGUGGGACCAUGGUGACAUAGCCUUUGCCUCCCUGGGGAAGCUGAUGCUGGAGAAUUUCAAACUGGAGGGAGCACGGAGCUACUCUAAGAAGAAGACAGUGGUCAGUGUGAAGAGGAUACUUGAGGACCUCGGUGGACACCAGCCCUGGGGGUGUCCCUGGGCUUACUUCAGCCACCGACAGCGCCGGUUCUCCAUCCUCGGGGACCCGAUCCUGGGCAAGUCAGUGUCAAACCUCCUGGGAGAGCUGCUAUAUGAGGAGCUGGCGAUGCGGUGGGAGCAGCUGCUCCUAGACGAUGCUUUCACCGGAGGCGCAUUGGCCUGGCUGCCCGGAAGGACGCCCCGGAUCAGGCAGCUGGUCUACCCUGCAGGAGGUGCCUUGGACAAGCUGUAUUUCCAAGAGGUGCGUCUGACCCCAGGCAGUGACCCUCGGACCCUUGGGAACCCCGGCCACAUUCAGCUCCGAGGACCUGUCCGGCAGGUGGUGACCUGCGCCGUGCAGGGAGAAUCUCUGCUGGCUGUCCGUUCUGACUACCACUGUGCCCUGUGGAAGGUCAGCAGGCAGGGGCGGCCAGCCCCGCUCCAGGUGCUAAAGGUUGAGAAGGGGGCCACGGGGAUCAACCUCAGCCCUCACCUGCCCGGGGAGCUGGUUGUCUGCAGCCGUUCAGGAGCCGUCUGUCUGUGGACACCCCAUGACGGGCUUCAGCAAAUCUAUAAGGAUCCUGAGACCCUUGUGUUUCGGGACCCGUCUCCUUGGCGCUGGGCAGACUUCACCGCCCACCCUCGGGUUCUGACUGUGGGUGACCGCACUGGAGUGAAAAUUAUCGACACUCAGGGCCCGCCAGGCUGUGGUUUGCUGCUUUUCCGUGUGGGUGCAGAAGCAUCAUGCCAGAAAGGGGAACGUGUCCUGCUAACCCAGUACCUGGGGGAGUGCGGCCCCGAUUCUCUGCAGCCCACACUCCAUCUCAUUUGUACCCAGUUCUCACUCUACCUGAUGGAUGAACGCCUCCCGUUGGUGCCCGUGCUGAAGUGGGACCACAGCCUCCCUUCGGCUCCCCUGCUGGCCCAGCUGCUGCCUCCACCCCGCCCUGGCUGUGCGAGGCCGCUGCUCCUCGGAGGCCAGGGCGGGCAGCUGCAGCUGCUGCACAUCACAGGGGAGGGGGCCUCCACACCACGGCUGGCAGGGCACCCCCAGUCUCUCCCCUCCAGGAGCGACUCCCUUUCUGCAUUCCCUCUGCUGGAGCCCAGGAGUCAGUGGCAGCUGCAGGAACGUCUACAAGCGCCAACCAUAGGUCUGGCCGCCACCAUCCUAUCUUCUUCCCCCACACCAGUCCUGUCGCUCUUCCAACUCUCAGCGGCUGGAGAUGUUUUCCACCAGCGCCUCCACCUCCGAGAAGACCCCAGGCCUCCCAGUGACCCCGGGCCCAACUGCCAUGCCUCCACGGCUUCCUGGAGCCCCCAGGCCACUGCUUGCUGCCGCAGGUGGCUGAAGGCCCUUCUGGAGGUGCCACCGGCUCCCCCUGUGUGGACCGCACCCACCUUUUCCCACCGCCGUCUGCUGAGCUUCAAGGAGCAGCAGAAGGUUGAAGGGAAAGUGCCAGAGAGUCUCCGGGCGGCCAUGGCCCAAGGGCGGCUCCUGCAGCAGAGGGACCUGGGCUCACUUCCCACAGCAGAGCCACCGCCGGGCCCCGAGCCCGGCCCCAAGGAUGAACUCAGUGAGCGAUUGGAGGCAGCCUGGGAAGGCCCGAUGGCUGCCUGGUGGGAGCAGCAGCAGGACAGGACCUCGGGGCCCGGGAGGCAGCCAAAGCGGCACAAGCGGCGGAUGCAGCUGUCCAAUACCUUCUCCUCGCUCAGCGGCCACCUGGACCUCUCAGGUGCCACCAGCCCCCCUCACAGCCCAGACUGGACGUCCCCUGUGUCAAGGCCUCGGUCCCCAGUGACCUUGCCCUCCCAGGAGCUGACCCAGGAUCUGUGGGCCCAGGGUAUCCCCUCAGAGCGGCAGCAGACCCUUCGGGACUAUAUGGCCAAGCUACCUCUUCAAGGGAAUACUCCAGAAAGUGCCUCCGCGUCCCUCUCCCAGACCUCCAGUACCCGGGCCACCCCCUCCAGACAGCGGACCCUCCGGGACUGCACAGCUGAGCUGCCACCCCACAGGGACACCCCAGAAGGUGCCACUGCGCCCUCCUCCCAGACCUCCAGCAUCUGGGCCACCCCCUCCAGGCAGCAGGUGCGCGUCCUCUCUGGCUCUCAGCCACACCGGAAGAAGCCGCGCAUGGGCUUCUGAGGGCCCGGGAAGCUGCUCCCCCACCUCUGGGGAGCCCCUGGUCCCGGACCAGCUGUGCCUUCUGUGGCUGGAACUUAGGGAGUGGAGAGGGAACAGUGUCAGGAUACAGACCUGCUUCCUGGGGGCCACUGUGAUGGGAGGCGUCCAAACGUGAUUUGGAGCCAAGUAGGAGGAAUAGGAGCAACAAAACUAGUUUCUCCUUUUCCUGAAGAUACUUCCGGAGGUGGGUUGGCAGCCCCAGCAGUCCUGUCCUGAGGGUCUGUCGUCAGGAGGCAGCACUGUGCUUGAUGCGGGGGCUCUAGUCAGGCCCUUGGCUCCGCCUCAUGCAGGCUGUGUCCCGUGUCCCCUAGUCAGCUCCUCGCCGUGGUCGGGACAGUGAAACGAGACACUGAGGAGCUGCUGGUGCCUGGUGGUCGGUGGGUGUGGACAGCUGCUGUGGGCUCGGUUGUGUGUGGUACGGUUUCUCCCAGGAGCUGAUGUUUUAGAGGAGACACUUUGGACCCAUCUUUAGGGAUUGAAUAAAUUUGUCGCCUGAG